UUUCCGCGCGCGUGUCGUCACUGCUCAGAAGUCUGAUGUUGGAAUUGGUUGGCUCUUUGUCGGCGCAGGCGGCACGCAGCCGGCACAGUGUGGACGCGCAGCGCCAGGUAAAGAUAUCCCGCACGAUUACGGACAAAGCUCAGAUUAAACUCACGAAUUUAACGCUGGACUGUGAAACCUGUGGAAUUGAUCUAUUUAACAACGAUGUGAGGUGCGCGCACAGUUUCUGGUGACUCACAAUGUUUCUGUCAUGGCCCAUCGGCCCUGCCUUCAUCCUGGCGGCCGUGCAGAUCUCCAUUGGUGAGAAGUCCUGCGUCCUCUGGUCGAGUGCUGGUCUUGUGGUGCCUCGAGGUUCCACUUUCGAGGUGUACUGCACCUUCAGUUGCAAGAGCAAGAAAUACAUAUACAGCGGCAACCCUCCCCAAAAGCAUAGCCACCAGGUCUUCAACGACACAACUAUCUACCUAAAAAUUGACAACCUAACAAGCACCACAACCUUCAGCUGUUCAUGUGAGGACAAGCUUAAACUGGAUCCCUGUGGACAGGACAUCUCCACUGGAUACCCUCCAGAUUCCCCUAAAAAUAUUUUCUGCAUCUAUGAAAUCCAAAAAUUGGAGAGUGGUGUUGUAAACUGCUCUUGGGAUGGAGGAAGGGACACUUUUCUGUGGAAUCACUUUGUGCUGCGGGUCAGAACCUUAUCUGGUAACGUCACAGGACUGCUGCAGUUCAACGUCUCCAUGAAAGGAUCAGUAAGACCGUCAGUGAAUUUCACCGUGUCCAGAUCUGUUGAUUAUAUCUCUGUGUGGGUUCAUGCCCGAAACUCCCUGGGCUCUGCAGAGUCCCCGGUCAUCAACUACACCCUCAGAGACAGAGCAAAGCCAUCGCCCCCCAUCCUUGGCCAGCCAGAUUGCUCCUCCAGGAAGUGCGAAGUCAAAGUGGAGCAGUCUUUGAAUACGUCUUACCUUGAGAUCCAGUACAGAGCCGACCACCAAGAAUGGAGAACUGAUCCAGACUCUGUGGGUUCAUCUCAGGUCCGGUCCAUCGCAACUCUGGAGCCCUACAGGCUGUACCAUUUCAGAGCCAGAUCCAAAUUCAGCUUUGGCCUUUGGAGUUCAUGGAGCUCAAACGUCUCCAGCUGGACUCAAGAGGAGGCUCCUUCCGGAGCGCUGGAUGUGUGGAUUGUUCAUUCUCCUGGCUCUAAAUCAAUGACAGUUCUCUGGAAGGAACCCAACACAUCCAUAUCCAGAGGAAAAAUUACUCUGUACACAGUCAGAGUUUCCAGCCCCAGCCUGAACCUCACCACUAAUGUGAGUGCAGAUUCCAGGAAUUAUACGGUCCCACUCUGCAGUCACUAUGAAGUAACAGUGUGGGCUCACAACUCAAAGGGGAUGUCGCCUCCUGCCACCAUGACACCCCUUUACACUGAAGCCGAGCCUCUUCAACACGUGAAUGCAACAGCGAACAAAAGCUCUGUCACCAUCUCCUGGAGAAAACCUGAACUCACAGCUGCCAUGUAUGUAGUGGAGUUGUACCCAGAGGACUUCCUGCUAAAUGAGCUCAGAUGGGUUUUGCUGAACAAAAGUGAAACCACUGCUGUCUUUUCAGGAAUCAAGCCCUAUGAGUGCUAUGAAGGAGCAGUGUAUGUCUUCUACAACAAGAGCUUUGUGGGCAAGAACAGGUCUAACAGAGUUGCUGCUUUAGAGUCAGAGCCUAAAAGCAGUCCAUCAUUCAAAGAAAAAGUGGAGGGAAACAAUGUGAUAGUAACCUGGGAGAAGCUUCCCAGAGCGUUCCGCAUGGGCUGCAUCACCCAGUAUACCAUCUAUGUAGAGGGCAACACUGGAUACAGCCAAAAUUACUCAGUUGGAGCCUCUAAGACAAAAUUGAAGAUUAAAAAUCUAUUGCCUGAUGUCUACACUCUGUGGAUGACUGCUUCAACUGCCAAAGGAGAAGGUCCUAAAAGUCACAAGGGCAAGUUCCCCAUCAAACAGGACAACCAUCUAUCCCUCCUGCUUGCAUGUGUGGUUGCUGUCCUGAUGGUGCUGCUUCUACUCUGUCUGUGCCAGAAUCCAGUGGUGAAGCAAAGGUUCUGGGAGCUUUUCCAGUGCCUCAUGCUGGAUGUUGUCCCAGAUCCUGCAAACAGCAAGUGGGCAAAAGAGUGCACCAAAGAGAAGCAGGGUAGGCUGAGCAUCCAGCUGCUGUCCAGUGGAUCCACUUCCACCGACCAAGAAGAGGACACCAACCUGGUGGAUGUGGAGGAGCUUUUCAAGCAGACCACUGACACCUCCCUGCCCACAACCGACUCUGCACAGCUGAUCAGCCUGAGUCCAGACGCGGACCUGACCACACUGAUGUACCCUCCUUUGACCACCUACAUUAAGAGUCUGUCCCACGACUCGGACACAAACACCACGGUAGACUACAUCUCGUCAGACGGCCCGGGGAAUAUGGAGGACGGAGAGGAGGAGGAGGCAUUCGAGGACAUGUCUUUCCUACCCAGUCACAGCAUUUUCCUCACGGAGAUGCUGCAGUUUGAUGGGACGUUGACGCUGGAUGCUGUAAAAAUUGACUGCAGUGACCUGCAAACCACUUAAUGGAGCUUUGACAUCUGGACUUUCUGAAGAAACGAAAACAUCUUUUUUGUCAUUUUGACCAAUCUCUCAUAAGAGAUCCACAAGAACUACCUCCAAUCUCUAUAUUGCUAAAGUUUGAGCUUCAGCAGUAACAAAAAAUCAUUUUAUGCAUUAUGACUGUUCUUGGACUGCAACAGACACACUAAGACUUAAAGGUUGCAGGAAACUGUCUAUUUGAUGAAAAGAAAAUUAAAUAAAAGUAUUUUCUUACCUCAUAUUUUUCCUCAUAAGGGAAUAAUCAGCCACUCUUAUUUUCCAGUUGUUCCUUUUUGACAGUUUGGUUUCUUAACUCUGAUGUUUAUACAGUGAUGGUGUGAAAUUGACCUUUUAAUCUGAUCGAAUGAAAUGUAUACGUUAGUUUUAUUAAAAAUUUUGCAGUAUUGCAGUAGAUUCAAGUGUCAGAUGGCAACAAUAUUUUUGUAAGAGCUGGAUUCAUGAAUUUAAAAAGGCUGAGACAUGUCAGGCAGCCCGGGUCCCAGCGCUCUGAAGCGGUUUCUUGAAUCACUCUCCUGGGACAGUGGGGUCAUGGGUAAUCCUCCGAAGUCAUCAACUCCUUUGCUGUGAAUUACAAUGUUUACCAUGUUUUGGGAGUACAUACAUAAGUCUUCCCAUUCUUUUAAAAACAAACUUCAUAAAAUAAAUCAGAACAGUGUG